GGAUCGAUGGCAGCGUGAUACUGAACGUGACGCGCGUACAGGAAGCGGAAAAGAUCCUCUCCAGUACGCAGCACACGCGCAAAAGCAUCCUGUACCGGUUUCUGCAUCCGCUCAUGGGCGACGGGUUGCUGUGCAGCAAGGGCCCCAAGUGGCAGCAGCGACGGCGCAUCCUAACGCCUGCCUUCCACUUCAACAUUCUGCCCAAGUUUCUGACCAUCUUCCAGGAGGAAAGUGAGCAGCUAGUGCGCCGGUUGGACCGGCUGGCCGACGGAGUGCAGGACGUUGUACUGCAGCCGAUUGUAACGAGCUUUGCGCUGCACACGAUUUGUGAAACGGCGAUGGGUGUGAAGCUGGACGCUUACCGUGAGGCUGAUGAGUACAAGCAGAAGGUGUACGAGGUGGGAGAAAUGUUGUUCCACCGCACGAUGUCACCCUGGCUGUACAGUGACCGUGUCUACCGGUUGCUAGGCUACGAUGGACCGCUGGCAAAAUCACUCAAACCAAUACAUCACUUCACACGCAGCAUCAUCCGACAGCGGAGAGAAACCUUCCAGGCGGCCCAGCUUACUGCUAACUCCACCACAGAGGAAAACAUGUACUUUGGCAGUAAGCAACGGUACGCCAUGCUGGACACACUGCUUGCCGCCGAAGCGAAGCAGCAGAUCGACGAGGAAGGCAUCCGGGAAGAGGUGGACACGUUCAUGUUCGAGGGCCACGACACAACGGCGGCCGCGAUCAUGUUCACGCUCAUUCUGCUCGCAAUCGAACAGGACGUCCAGGAACGUUGCUACGGGGAGCUCCAGGAAGUGUUGGAUCGCUCGUCCAGUGAUCCCCGCUCGGUCCAGGACUACCAGAACCUGCCGUAUUUGGAUCGGGUGAUCAAGGAAUCGCUACGCCUAUACCCGCCAGUUGCCUUCAUCUCACGAACCACCUCCGGAGAGCUCGUUGUGGAUGGUACAACCUUUCCGCACAACACCAUGUCACACAUCCACAUCUACGAUCUGCACCGUGAUCCCGUCCAAUUCCCCGACCCGGAACGCUUCGAUCCGGACCGGUUUCUACCGGAGGUGGCGGAGAAACGUAACCCAUAUGCUUACGUCCCCUUCAGUGCUGGACCCAGGAACUGUAUCGGCCAGAAGUUCGCUCAGCUGGAGAUGAAAACGGUUCUGGUGGCGGUACUGGAACGCUUCCGACUCAAACCAGUGACGCGCCGGGAAGAGAUCGUCUUUAUGGCCGAUCUUGUGCUGCGCGCUAAAACUCCACUGAAGGUGCGACUGGAACGGCGAUGCGUCUUCGAUGGGUUUUGCAAUUCAGUUACAACCAUGGCAUCCGAUUGGAACGUAGUAGUGCAGUCGCCGUUAGUGAUUUCUACCCUUUCCAUCCUUUUGCUUCUUCUCCUGUGGUUCGUUUGGGAUGUGUUCGACAAGCGUGGUCCAACGUACACUGCCCUCCGGCAAUUUGCCGGACCACCCGUAUGGCCACUGAUCGGUACGAUGUAUCACACGCGCGGGCUGGAUGCGGCCAAAGCGUUCGAUGCGUUCCGUCGCUGGACCUCCCAAUACGGUGGAUCGUACAAGCUGUGGCUUAAUCGGUACCUCUUCAUACUGAACAUAACGCGCUGCACAGAGGCGGAACCAUUUCUGAGUGGAUCUCGCAACACGGAAAAGAGCCUGCUGUAUCGGUUUAUGUAUCCGUUCAUCGGUGUCGGGCUGCUGAACAGUGCCGGUGCAAAGUGGCUCCAGCGAAGGCGCAUCCUAACGCCCACCUUUCACUUCAACAUCCUGAACGGCUUUCAUCGAACGUUCUGUGAGGAGAGCGAAAAGCUUGCGGCCAAGAUCGACUCCAAGUGGGAUGGGUGUGAGGGGGCAGCUGUUGAGAUCGAGCUACAGUCGGCAAUGUCCCAGCUAACGCUCAACACUAUUUGUGAAACCUCCAUGGGAGUGAAGCUGGACACGCUGGAUGGUGCAAAGGAGUAUCGGGAAGGCAUCUACCGGGUGGGCGAGAUGUUGCUGAACCGUGCCGUCCGUCCCUGGCUGUACGUGGACUGGACCUACUGGCUAUUGGGGUACUCGCGGCAACUUCAACGUUUGCUGAAACCGCUUCAUCUCUUCACCGCCAGCAUCAUCGCUCAGCGCCGGGACCUUUUCGCCCAGGGUAAACUCAACGAUCUUAGCUCGUCUCAAGACGAAGAUCAUUCGCUCUACAGUACCACCCCAGGGGGUAAGAAACGAUACGCCAUGCUCGACACACUCCUUACAGCGGAAAUGCAAGGCCAGAUCGAUCCGGACGGUAUCCGCGAGGAGGUGGACACAUUCACGUUCGAAGGUCACGACACAACCGGUUCAGCGCUCGUCUUCAUCCUGCUUACCCUGUCCUGGGAGCCAGAAAUUCAAACCCGUCUACACCAAGAGCUCUCUCAACUUGCCACCCAAAACGAUCUCACCGAUGGACAUCUCUCCCCGAACGAUUUAAACUCAGCCAAAUUCUUCGAUCGUGUCAUCAAGGAAUGUCUUCGGCUGUGGCCACCGGUUGCAUUCAUCUCACGGAGCGUUACCGAAGAGAUCCACCUGCCGGACGGGCGGAUCAUACCGCAAGGAUGCAUUGCGAAUCUGCACAUCUUCGAUCUGCACCGUGAUCCAGCCCAAUUUCCCGACCCGGAGCGGUUCGAUCCGGACCGGUUUCUGCCGGAAUGUGUGUCCCAAAGAAGCCCGUACGCGUACAUUCCCUUCAGUGCGGGUCCACGGAACUGCAUCGGCCAGAAGUACGCACUGCUGGAGGUGAAAACAGCUGUCGCCUAUCUGGUGCUGCGCUAUCGCAUCCUACCCGCCACGAAGCGCGAGGAAAUACGUUUCAUCGCGGAUCUUGUGCUGCGAUCGGCGACGCCACUCAAGGUUCGCUUUGAACGAAGACAGAAUGCGUAAGGAAUAUUGCACACUCGCCAUCGUUCGCUAGAGUUAUCUCGUCGCAAGUCGUUUGUUUACGUCCUGCUAGAGUGGGCUGUAGUAGCCCUCCACUAUCAGCUGUACAACGCCGUGGGUACGAAUGAUCGUGAUUGGCUUGAGCAGAGUUGCCUUGAUUAUCAGUCGCAUUGACAAACAUUGAGUACGGCGUCUAGUAAAGCUACAAUUCAAUACUUAAUUUGAACGAAAAAUAAACAAUAAAAGCAAUCAACCACCAUCC